UCGCACGCGACGACCUCCCCUCGAAUCAUCUACGCGCAGCCACUCACUAGUGGUAGGCGCGGUAGACCAUGAUGAAGACCCGGAGAAAAGCGAAGGCGGCAGCGGCGGAGACCGCCUCAACAUCAGGCGCUCAACAAGAUUCGGGCCCCUUCACCGUCGACGUCCCCGACGAUGUGGACACCGACGCGCUCGCGGAGAUGUUCUCCGACGCGUCCUUUACGACCCCCUCCCCCGAAACGAUACUCGAACUCUACCGCCUCGUGUUGGCGCAAGGCGCGGACAUUGACAGCGCUCACCGCGAGCUGGACACCGCGAAUGCCGAGCUGGAGAAGAAGGGGAUCGAGCUCGAGCAGGCCUAUCAGGACAAGGACAACGUGGCGCGUGAUGCUGAGGUUGCGGUGGAGGCCGCGACCGCGGAGCUGGCGGCGGCGAAGAAGGAGCGAGACGAGCUCGCGGCCGCGAACACGAAGCUCAAGGCCGAGCUGAACGCCGUCACCUCUUCGCAGUCCUCCUCGUCAACCGAAGUCACCGAGCUGAAGCGGAGGGUGGAGGACGUCGAGCGGGAGAAGCGCGACUUGGUCACAGUCAUCACACGGUUGAAGCAGGAGAACGGCCAACGGGAAGAGGAAGUCACGACGCUACGCAAGAACCUCAAGGACGCACGGCACGAUCACGAACAGCUCGAGAACCAGCUUCGGGAGCUCCGGUCUGCGGAGUCGACGAACAAGUUCAAGCUCGACACUCUCCAACAACAGCUCACCCUCGCGCAAAAUGAAGUCCAGCGUACGACCGAGUCCCUCAACAACACCACGGAGGCGUACGCCACCUACCGCCGCACCAAACACCAGGAGAUGCUCGCCCUUCAAACGUCGCACGCCGCUCUUCAGACCCAGUACGAUACGCUGCAGGCCAACCAUGCUGCACUUGAGUCCGCGCACAGCCAGCAGACGCACGCCCUACAGUCCGCACAAGCGCGCAUCCAGGAGUUGUCAGGCCGUCUCGGCGACCAUGAAGCCGCUUACGCGAGCGAGGUCGGCGGUCUGAAGCGUCUCGUAGCGAUUAUGGAGGAGCGCGAGAAGCAGUCGCGUGAAAUCGUGGACAAGGUCGAGGGUUCCUGGGCAGCAAUGGUAGAGAAGGCCGAGGCUCGCGAGGCCGAACUACUUGCUGAGAUCGUCCGCGUUGAGAAGGAGCGCGACGAGGCGGAGUCUCGCAUCCGGCGAUUGGAGACUGUCGUCGAGCGUAUGGGCCGCGGCGAGUUGCCUAUUGCCAAUGGUGGCGUGUCCAUGCCGGGCACGCCCGUUCGCGGUGGCGGCGCUGACGCGGGCAUAGCCAUGCUCAGUCCGACAGUUGCGAUGGCGAGCCGCGCGCAGAAGGGCGGAAAGACGUUCACCGAGGUCUACGCAGAAUACGUCAAGCUACAAGACGACUUUGCCAAGAAGGCGGCGGAGUGUGAGCACAUGGAGCGCACUCUGACGCAAGUACUUGCUCAGAUUGAGGAGAGGGCACCCAUUCUCUCGCAGCAACGUGCAGAGUACGAGCGCGUCUCCGCUGAAGCUGCACUGCUGUCCACUCAGCUGUCACAGGCAAUCGUGGAAAGGGACACUCUGGCGACUUCGAACCGCGACAACGAGCAGAAACUCGGGAAGGCUCUCAAGGAGGGCGCCCUUCUCGAGAAGAACGCGGAUGACCUCGGCCGGCAGGUUCGCCACCUCACCCGGGAAAACGCCCGCCUGCGUGAUCCAUCACUGCCCCACGACAUCGACGCCGACGACGGGGCUAGCGUCAAUGGGUCCCUCGCCGACGGCCGCUCUGUCCUUUCUGCUGGUACCACUGCCAUCAACGAGAUUGCCGCGAUGGCCCCCGCAGAAAGCGUCGACGAUGUCAUCGCCAACCAUCUUGUGCUCUUCAACUCCGUCCCGGCACUUCAAGCUCAGAAUCGCCGUUUGCUACUUCUUGUGCGCCAGCUAGGCUCGCGGAUGGAAGAUGCAGAGCGCGAGUGGCGCGAGGAAGCCGAGAGGGAGCAGCUCGCCGCCGUGCGGGAAGCUCAUGAGGCGAUGACGGAGAUGGCGAACCAGCUUGAGGCCGCCAGGCGGGAGAUGGACGAGCGCUCUGCAGCGGGCGAGGCGAACAGGAGGGAGCGGGAGGCCCUGAAGGCGAUGGUCAACCGCCUACAACGCGGCGAGCACCUUGAGGGCGAGCAGCCGCGCGCCGUCGAGCGGAGACCAGCACCGGAAUCUUCGAGCGCGGACGAGGAGUCGGAGUUGACGCGGCUGAGGGCGUACAAGGCGGAGAUGGAGUCGGAUGCGGGACGCCUCAGGGACGAGCUCGGCGCGGCGCAGCGCGAGAUUGGUAAACUGACGGCUGCUCUCGCGAAGGCGAACGCGCGGGCGGAGUACCUGGCUGAACGUGCUCGCGACGCCGCCAACCAGUACGACGUACAGCUUGCGCAGCUGAAGGGCCUCGAGCAGCGCAACGCUCAGCUUUCCGACCAACUCAUCCGCCUCGACUCUGAAGCCGCACGCGCUACGGACGAGCUCGUCGUCGCCCAGGGCCGCGUGGAGCAGCUGCGGAACGAGUGCGCGAAUCUGCGUGCGGAGAAGCAGCUUGCAAGCAGCGCACAGGCUCAGCUGCUGGAGGCGAACCAGAACCUGCAGCGCGAGCGUUUGCAGUUGACGGACUUGCUUAGCAACGUACAGAAGAUGAAUGCGUCGCUUGAAGGGGCUGAGCGUGGAGAGCGAUCGCGGCUGGAGAGCGAGGUGCGCUUGUUGGAGCAGCAGACGACCUUCGGGAGCAAGUCCAUCAGGAGCGCGAUGCCCUCAGGCAGACGACCUUGCAAAAGGACCUGGAGCAGCGCGAGUUGCAGAGCCGCCUCGAGCGCGCGGCGCAGGAGCAGGCGAAGACGCGCGAGUCCUUGGUCGCAGCAGAGACCAGCCGCAAGCACCUCGAAGACCGCGUCAGCGAUUUGGCGCGCGAGCUGCAGGGCAACUUGGAGAAGUUGGCAGUCUAUGAGCGGCACGGUACGGUCUCCGGCUCCACGAGCACGACCGCAGGGGCCGCUAGUGGCGACGCAGAGGGAUUGCAGGCUGAAGUAGCGGAGUUGAGGUCGAAGCUGAAGGUUGCGGAGGUUGACCUGGAGGCUGCCAAGAAGCACGCGGAACAAUACAGGGAAAUCAGCAACGCGAAUGAGAGUGCGCUGU